GCUGUUAUAAAAGUUGGGUUGUGCUGUUAAAGUUACUGCUUAAACACCGCCUUAUUAUAAGUUGAUAUGAUGCUCCUCUAAUCUAGAUCCUACGAAUCCUCCCUUUACUAGUAAUGCGGCACCUGAGACCUAGCGGAUAGUCUGGUGUAGGUAUUACAGGUAUUGCAGACUUUACUACAUGCAUACCUAUCUCAAAAGACACGUGAUUAUUAAAUUAUUCAAGCAACACAGUCUUUGUAGAGUCUCCCUUCUUAAGUUAUCGCGGCUGACUUUUCCUUGGGUUUUCGUGUCCCAUUAUUCGCAUCUCCAACUCAAAACCCCUUAUCAGCUAAUUAUCUCUUGUAAAAUGGCACCGUCAAUCGAUUCAUUCCUUGACAAAAAGAUCGCAGAUCGAUGGGGUCCGACGCGAAAUGAGGCGAAUGCUCUCCGCGAGCUUCUCCGAGGGAACAUCAACCAUGAGGAAGCAGCUACGAGGUUUACAAGCGAUAUUGCUGCAUCUCGCAGUGCUGAUGUGGCCAGCGGAUCUUUAUGGGGUAUAUGGAUGCUGCUCCAGGAGACAGCAAAAAAGUUUCCCGAGCACCAUGCUAAGUUGGUCAAAUUGGUAGAUGCUAUUCGGCAACUUCCAGACCUCGUAAUCAAGGGAGAAACAGCCGUCAAGUGGCCUGAACUUCCGAAACUGGCAGAAGUAUGGGGAGAGAAUGUCUAUGAUCGGGAUGAAUUGGCCUAUUCCGAAGAGCAUAUAGCAGUGACCGCAUUCACGGCCCAGCUUUGUGCCCGGCAGCUUGUCGAUGCCAACGAUUUUCUGUCAUGGGCAGUAAGGGAUUUUUAUGCUGCCUUCGAGCAGACUCCGGCAGAAGCGGCUGAUGUUAAGGGAGACAACGUUCGGCUAUUGAAUGCCAAUGUGCCUAUCGCGGCACAAUGGAUCCUGCAUGCCGGAGAGAUAAUUUACAACUGCGAAGAGAGUUUUAAUCUCGAGUCGAGCGAUGGCUUAUGGACGGGUAAGCCUGGAUUUAGCUGGGGUAGAUGGAAGCUAUGGAAGGAAAGGGCAGAAUGGGUAUCUGGCCUCGAUAGGGUGGUAAGACAAGAGACGAUAGAUGUCGCUAAGAAAAUGGUGGAGAAAAUGAGUCAGAUCGAGAAUGAAGAGGCCUGAUGGAAAGAAUACAAGGGUGAGCAACUUGGUUCAAUAAAGGAAUUGAUAGAAUUGCGAGCGUGUUUGAUAAUUGAUUUUUAUAAUGGUGUAAUAUUCUUGAUACUUACCAGAAGUGCUAGUUAUAGAAGUGUCGAUGAAUAAUGUUGUUAUUAGAUGAA